UGUGUACGUCAUUUCCUGUGGCUGGUUUCCGGGAGACGGGUUGGAAUUUUCGCCAUGGGUUACAGUGGUCUGACGGUGCCCAUCAUCGUUCUCACUGUUUUCUGGGGUGUUGUGGGCGGCGUUGUGCCCUGGUUCAUCCCUAAAGGACCGAAUAGAGGCGUUAUUAACACUAUGCUGGUGACAAGUGCUGUUUGCUGCUAUCUUUUCUGGCUGAUUGCAAUCCUGUCCCAAUUAAACCCCCUGUUUGGUCCACAGUUGAAAAAUGAAACAAUCUGGUACUUGCGUUACCAAUGGCCUUGAAUUCAACAGUGAAUGUCUUUGAUAAG